AUGUCUACGGAAACAGAGCAGUCUAAACCGUCUCCGUUAGAAAGGUUCCGUCGCCUUGCUCGCUCCGUCCAGUCACAAAGUCGAUGGACGAGAGCUUUGCAAUCAAAAAUUGCCGAUGAACAUAGUAAAGUGUUCCAGAUCAAUCAAGAGAGCGAGAAGGUUUUGUCUUUCAACAGCGGUGCAUUUAAGUCUCCGAUUCACCUGAGUAGCAGCUUAUCCAAGAAGGCUAAACAAAUUCUGUUCAAACCCUCGUGCCAAAGGAGAGAAGAGGAAAUAAAGGUUAUCUUCGGCAUUGUGGAUAAGCUAAAAUGUUUCAGUCGUUACACACCACUCAUCAAACGCGAGAUCGCAAAAGUUGUAUAUUUUCAACAGUUUGAGGAUGGAAGAGUGAUCGUCAAACAAGGCCAACCAGGAAGGUCCAUGUAUUUCAUCUUGAGGGGAACUGUAUUUGUUCAAGUGGCAGAGACAGAUAAAAUCACAGGACUCCGCAUGAAACAGAUCGUGAGAGAGAUGUUCGCUGGAGACUCGUUUGGAGAGCUGGCACUGCUACACGACAUAACAAGGGCAGCGACCGUCAUAUGCAAAGGGACGGUUGAGUUCCUGACGAUAGACAAACCAGAUUUUGAUAUGGUUUUAAAAAGGAGUUAUCAGCAGGAAUGGGAGACUAAGAUGUCUUUGUUGACAUCUUCGCCAUGCUUUAAAGACCGUUCGCCCAAAGAGUUGCAACAAGCGAAUUCUGCAGCUAAACUAGUGGAGUACCCUGCAAACACGGUGAUUCUUCGAGACGCAGGAAACCCAGGGGAAUGUAUUUACUUUAUAAGAUCUGGUCAAUGUCAGGUGGUGCGAGAAAUGACUCUUGUACGAAGAACGCCUCCGUUAGCAAAAAGAAGGCUCAUUUUACCACCAUUGGAAGCUGAAGGCGAUAACAGCCACAUCUUCAAAAUCAAAAGUUACGAUUACGUUAGAAAGCAUUUCCUCGUUGUUUGUCUCUUUGGUAAAGGGGAUUACUUCGGUGUUGGAGAAGAUUUCACUAAAAUGAGCAUUAUAUCAGUUAAUAAGGUGGAAAUCGUUUUGGUUCCAAGACAUGUAAUGGCUAAACACGAGAAAGGACGCAUAUUAGAGAAGAUGAAGGAUAAACUCAACAAACAACUGCCCUCGAGGAGAGAGGUUUUUCGUAGUUUUGUAGCAGGGGAAAAAUGGCGACAUUACAAGUUAGACAUACGGAAUGAACUGCGAACCAAGAAAUGGCUGUUGAACCCAACAAAAUUACAGGAUGUACCCUACUCAAUCCAAGAGCAACACUUGUAUUAA